UGUGGCUGUAAAGCAUUCCCGCGCGCCGGUGCCGUUCUCCUCGAUGAAUUUCAAAACCUUCCCCAGAAAAAAGGAGCCAAAAACCUAAUGUAAGCAAAUCCCUCUCAAAAUCUCAGGCGAAUUUCGCAAACGCCAUGGCUUCUACUCCAGAAUUGCAUCGACCAACAACCCCCAUCAGCGACACCAAAAUCCCCACCCGCGCUUCAGUUUCUUACUUCCAGAAAACAGUUUGUUUGCUCGAUUGGUGGUUAAUCAGAGCUGAAAAUGACUCCAAUGGGAAAUCGCUUGCCGUCGCUGGGUUAACAUCCACACCGGGACAACCUGUUCGUGUAUUUUCUUCUGCUCCCAUUGUUAAGAGAUUCGAUGUUUUCACUCUGGAGACUGCUGAUGGGAUCUGUGUUGUUCUUAAGGGUUUCAUAAACAAACUUCGUACUACUGAUAGUGGCUUCACGGCCGAGGUUUUCAAGCAUUUUGUGUUUGGGUUUCCUCCCAACUGGGAAACUUAUGCAGCAAAUUGCUUCCAGGGAGAAGCUUUGGAUAAUACUGCUGCUGGGGGAAAUAUUUCUGAUACAGACAGCUUGCGUUGUAGAUCGAAAAGUAAUGGAUUGGAUGAAGGAGAUUCUAUGGCUCAAGAUAUGAUGCAGACAACAAGUGCAGCUGAAGCUCCAGUUCCUUUCACUGGUUCUGAUAUUCAAGAAGAAAAAGUAGAAAACAAAAGAAGAAAAGAGAAAGAAUCUAGGAGGAAAGUGAAGAAGAAGAUCGUUUUCGAUUCACCUGGAAGUGGUGUUGUUGUGCGUGCAAGGCAAAGGGAGGAGAAAAAGUGUAUGAUAUCUCCAGAAUGUUUGAGUUAUGGGCGGUCACGAUCAGGGCGAUUACUUCUACCCACGAUGGAGUUUUGGCGCAACCAGCUACCUGUUUACGACUCGGAUCGAAAGCUACGAGGAAUCCAGGAAAACUUGCCAGACAUACAGCCACAACAAUCACAGCCAAGAGGCAGCAAAAGCGGUGGUGGAAGAAAGCGGUAAAAGUUAAGAGUGGUUUUGGUAAUAUUCCUUUCUUACCAUUCAAUUCCCCAACUGUUAUGUAAAUAUAAAUAAUUACAGAGCCCUCUGUUUUGCAUUUCAUGAAUACUCACUUAAUUCACUUUAA